UUCGAACAUGACAAAGAUACAUCUUCUGGUAAACACAUCGCUUUGAUAUUCACUUAACAGACUCUAUAACCCAAUCAUCUGCAGGUUUGUAUCGUGCUGAGGAUAGCUUGUAAGGUUUCUCUGGAGGAUAGAUAUAAAGCAUCCUUCUCCGACCUUCUCACAUCUCUAUCUUGAACUCUAUAGGAGAAGGACCUCAAUUCGGGCAUGCAAGGUAGCUGCUCUUCCUAAUCGACAUCAUCUCAAUACAAAAUAACUGAUAACAUAACUCUGGCUGAGCUAACCAUGGAACGUGUUGACGAUCAGACGGGCCAUUCUCCGGGUUGGUUGACAUCGACCGUCUCCACGAUGUCGGACUACCUCGAUCAAUCCGACCUCGCCAACGCGACCGAUUCACCAAAGGGUAGUCGACCUGUGACCUUUGACCGUGAUGUACGUAUCGUCUCUCUCUGGUUCCUCUUCGUACUCGGAUUAUUCGGGAAUAUGUGCGUGUUUAUGUGGCUGUGGAUGAACAGACGACGCAAGUCUCGAGUCAAUAAGAUCAUCUUUGGUCUAGCUACAGCCGAUCUCUGUGUAUGCUUCUUCACCAUCUUAGGAUCAGCAUUGUUUGAGAUGCUCUACUACCAGUGGCUGGCUGGUAACUUCAUGUGCAAGGUUGUGAUGUACAUGCAGACAGUUUCCAUCAUGGCUUCGAGUAACAUGUUAGUCUUGAUAGCCAUUGAUCGCCACCAAGCUGUGAGGAGUCCGCUCAAGGAAGGACUACCGGCGUGGCGGAUGGUAAUGGCGGCUUGGGGAUUCGCACUUCUCCUCUCCGUACCGCAGCUCUUCAUUUGGAGACAGAAGAGACAUGGUGAUAUUCAGACCUGCGGAACCGACUUUAAACUUCGUCCAGACUGGCAUCGCAUGGCCUACCUCUCCUACGCCGCCGUCGUGACAUUCUUCAUCCCGAUCAUGAUCAUUUCCGUUGCCUACGCGCGAAUCUGCAAGAAAAUAUGGGACAAAGCACACGACACAUCGUUCGGACGGCGACCCGUUGGUGACUUCGUCCAGCGUGGCGGCAAGAUGCGCAUUCAGAGCACCGGGUCAACCUCGCUAAACCGCGCCAAGAGUAAGACCCUUAAGAUGUCAUUUGUCAUCAUUCUCGCUUUCGUUAUCUGUGGACUUCCCUAUUUUAUCGUAGAGAUCAUGAAAUGCUACAAAGUGUAUAACAUUCAUCGCUUUGUCUACGGUCUUCUUGGUAUCUUCGCUGCGUCUAACUCCUCCGCCAAUCCAUACAUCUUCCUCUUGUUCAACAGGGGUAAGUACGGACGAUGGGCGGACUGCUCAACAGGGUUCUACAGUGGCAUCAGGAGACUCAAUAGGCGUCAUACUGAGUUUGACGCUCCUCGGGCUGAUACAUCCUCAAGUAACUCCCACUUUGAAACUAUGAAGACAAUCGUGGACAGUAAUGCUUCUUUUAAGGGAAGAAAUGGAACUGUACCGAACAGAAACAUUUACAAACCAGUUCCCCAAAUACGAGAACAUAAAGUUUAGUGGCAAAUGACUAUCAGGCAGAUAGACUAAACAAUAGAGCACAGACUUUUCAAUUGCCUUCAGCUUCUCAAGUGCAAAAGAGUAAGCUAGACUAAAAUAUCUUUUUUGCAGAGAAUUAUACGAAAACAUUUCAAUAACUAUAUAUGCUGUAUAUAUUAUAUACAUAUAUACAUAUAUAUUUAUAUUGAAUAUAACAAACACAUCUCGUAUAAAGUAUGUCGCUAACGCUUCCUCCUCGGUAGUUCUUUACCUCUAUGAUACCCUCUGCACACGAGGCGUUAUUUAAAUUGCGCUAUCACCUGCGCCAAUCAUGUGAAGGCGAUUGGCGUAUACGCCUAAAAUUUAACGGAGUGUUUUGCACUGUGUAUUGUAUCAUUUUGGUACGCUGUCACUCUCACUUCGUGCGUCAGAGACCGCACCAGUCUCUGACGCAGGCUUGUAUGCGUCAGAGGAAUGAUACCUCGUGUUCAAUGGGUAUAAGUAAUGCAAGACAAUCUGUUUCGUAAUAACGCACAUCUUUGGUUAAACUUUUUCCAAAUACGUCUUGUUUGGGUCCAGAAAGGCAUUGUAAUUUCUUUGGCUUAUCUUAAAUGUUAAGCAUUGCACCUGUCGAAAAGCCAUUCAUUCUUGAGUGAAAUAUGUCAUCUUUUUGCCUGUAUGUUGUUUUAGUUAAAAUUUUCUUGUUAAAAACCAAGUAUAAUCACUUGUAAUUGAUAUUUUAGGCCGGCCCUAGAUCAGGAAGAUGUAUCACUUCUUAAUGUAAUACUGAUGUAUGAUUCUUAAACAUUGUAACACGUGAUACGCGCCUCAAAACAUGAAUCAAUGUGUGUGUAUGUAACAUCGUUUCUUCAAAUAGGCGAUUUCAAUAAUGUGCUAUCGUGGUCUUUAUGGAUCACACAUCGAGCUUAGAAUGAUUAAAUUGUAACUAUCUUCUGGACUUGAAGAUGGAGACUAUCAAGGCGAGUUCAAUCGACUUUUGAAAGAGAAAAUGAAAUAUAAAGUCAGAUUUGUAAGUAUAUUACAUUUUUAAAAUAUAGAAACAGUACAAUUUUUAGUUUCAUAUUCAUUCAGUAUUGUUGAUGAUUAAUGAAUGUUUCGUUUUUUAACCAGAAGGAAAAACAUUUUCACACUGUCCUUCUCGUAGAUAAUCAAAACUUUUAGAUAAUUUAGCCUUGUCUAUAAUUAUUAUGAAAUGAAUGUAACCUUUCACGUUACGUUCAGCAAAUGAGAAGGAGAGAUUUUGUUUUUCCAUUUGUAAACUUGAUCCGUAUUCUGUAUGAGGGAAACUAAGUUAAUACUUUGAUCUUUGAGCAGAAAUCAGUAAACGGUUGAUGAUCAUCGCUUUGCAGAGUUAACAUCAAUUGAGCGCUGAUCAAGUUAUUAAUUAUCAGGAAACAUUGUCUGGUAUAAAUCAUGGUAAAGAAACAUAAUUUAAUAUAUUCAUUUGCAUUUUAUUCAGCCUUCUAUAGCACUUUUAUUUAUAUAUCACCCGGUCCCCCAUAACAUUUUGCCAUGAACAUGUCGAUGUGAUGCAUUGUGUUGUAUAAGCAUUAUGUAGAAGUAUUUUGAAAUAUAGCCCCCCCCCCCCCCAC